AUGGCUGCUCGAGUGAAAACACAGGUGGACAGGCUAGAGAAGAAGCCUCCACACCCCCAUGUGGAAGGACAGGAGAGGAGACAAUCAGAGAGUGAUGGAGAAGGUCCCCAAGUGGUGGAAACAGGGGCGCACUCAGACCUAAGGGUGAUCUCCGUGGACAUAGACAACAGGUUGGAGGAAUUCAACACCUCAAGAUGUGGAGUGGUCAGCUCUGAGUCCAGCCUGAAGUCAAACUGUAUCACAAACAAGACAUCCCUCUUCCAGGAAAAGCCAUUUGUGUCCAGUGAGUGCGGGAAUUGCUUUGAGCAAUCGCACCUCCUUAGACACCACGAGACACACUCAGGUGAGAGACCCUAUGUGUGCAGUGAGUGUGGCAGAAAUUUUCAUCAGAAAUCACAGCUCCAUAAACACCAGAGGACACACUCAGGUGAGAGAGCCUACGUGUGCAGUGAGUGUGGCAGAAGUUUUCACCAGAAAUAUCAGCUCCUUACACACCAGAGGACACACUCAGGGGAGAGACCGUAUGUUUGCAGUGAAUGUGGUCGUUGUUUUAGUUGGAAAUCAUCUCUCCUUAGACACCGAAGCACACACUCAGAGGAGAGACCAUAUGUUUGCAGUGAAUGUGGUCAGUGUUUUAAGGAGAAAUCAUGCCUCCGUAGACACCAGAGGACACACUCAGGGGAGAGUCCCUAUGUGUGCCAUGAAUGUGACAGAAGGUUUACCCAGAAGUCACACCUCCUUACACACCAGAGGACACACUCAGGGGAGAGACCCUAUGUCUGCAGUCAAUGUGGUCAUUGCUUUAAUCGGAAAUCACACGUCCUUAGACACCAGAGGACACACUCAGGGGAGAGACCCUAUGUUUGCAGUGAAUGUGGCACAAGUUUUACCCGGAAGUCACAGCUUCUUACACACCAGAGGACACACUCAGAGAAGAGACCCUUUGCGUGUAGUGAGUGUGGCAAGUGUUUUACCUGUAAAUCAGACCUCCUUAUACAUCAGAGCACACACUCAGGGGAGAGUCCCUAUGUAUGCAGUGAGUGUGGUAGAAGUUUUUCACGGAAAACACACCUUUGUGCACACCUGACGACACACUCAGGGGAGAGACCCUAUGUGUGCAGUAAAUGUGGCAGAAGGUUUAUAGAGAAGUCACACCUCCUUACACACCAGAAGAUACACUCAGGGGAGAGACCCUAUGUGUGCAGUGAGUGUGGCAGAAGGUUUAUACGGAAAUCAGUCCUCCUUGAACACCAGAGGACACACUUGGGAGAGACCCUCAUAGAGAUCCUAUGUAGGGAAUGUGAUGGAUGUUUUCAGGACAAAUCAUGCCUCAUUACACACCAGAGGACACCUUCUGGGGAGAGCCCCUAUGUGUGCAGUGAAUGUGGCAGAAGCUCUACUCCAAAGUCACUCCUGCUUAUCCACCGGAGGAAACACACAGGGAGAAACCCUGUGUUUGCAAUGAGUGAUCUUGACUUACCAGUGAGCCAGUUCUCCUUUGUUACCAGAAAACACACUCUGGAGAAGGCUUAUGCCUGCAGUCCUGGACGCACGGAAGAAGUGUGGCUCUCGUAG